AUGGCGGGCUACCUGGAGUUCUGGGGCGUCAACGUGCCCCCCAGAAAAGAGGUCAGCGUGGACCUGCGAGGACAUGCGGACACGCACUUCGUGCACGUGACCAACCUGGCGCUGGGCCCCGACGCGCCCGAUGGGCCCCACACGGUGGUGCUGAGGACCGGCGGCAAGGUCUUCACGCUGGUGACGCUGGGCGCGGGCGGCGCGACGCAGUACAAGACGGACACCGUGAUCUCGGAGGCCGCGAGCUUCGCGCACAACGGACCUGGCGUCGUGAACAUCACGGGCUACCGGGCGAUGCUGCCCGGGAUGCCGGACAUGCCGGAGGGAUACGUGGACGGGGAGGCGCUGUCGGACGUGGAGGAGGGUGAGGAGGAGGAGGAGGAGAGCGGGAGUGAGGAGGAGGACGACGACAGCGACGAGGCGCCCGGCGCGGUGCCGAUCGAUUCGGCUUUGACCAAGAAGAGGGCCCAAGUUUUGCAGAUGGGCAAUGGAAAGGCGCACAGGUUCAUUAACGAGAAAGAUGAAGAUUAUGACAGUGAUGAAAGUGAAGAUUUAAGCGAUGAGGAUAUGAAGCAAACGUUUGACGAUGACAGUGAAGACAGUGAGGACGAUGAGGACAUUGAAGACAGUGAGGACAGUGACAUGGAGGCAAGCGGUCAUCAGCAGAUGAUGAAGAAACGGAACAUCGACACCACCUCUGAACCUUUGAGGUCAAAGAAGCAACGGGUUGAUGUUGCUGGCAAGGAGGCUGCUGCAAAUAGACCAACGCCUGGAAAGGGCAGGAAUGCCCCAGUGGAAGGCCCGGCCUCAAACAAAACACCAAAAAAACAGCCUGAGAAGAAAGUGAAGGCCACACCUGCCAAGCAGAGCAAGGAGAAGCCAAGUGCUACCCCUGCCACUGCAACCCCAGGAGCCAACUCCACUCAAGGAACGCCCAAGGAGCAAGACGACUUCAAAAAGAAGGUCGUCAACGCCUUGAAGGCCAGUGGACCAUUGUCGCUCGAGACUUUGGGACCCAAGGUGUCGCCAAAGCCCAAGUUCGUGAAGAAGCUCGGCAAGUUUCUUGCACAGUACCCUGACACCUUUGUGCUGGAGGCUGGGGCGGUCAAGUUGAAGUGA